AUGCUCGUUAAAGCGUUGGUUGAACAGUAUCUGAACGCUACUGACAAUGAUUUGAGAUACAUGGUGUUGAGGCAGGAUCUAACGAUCUGCGAGCCGGUUCAGGAUGCUGAUCUGCUGGUCAAAAAGAUACUGCUGCCAGUCUUACUGGAAGAAACGGACCCUGAGAUAGUUGAGCUAGUAUCGUCACAAGUGUAUCCGCAGAUGACCUUGAAAUGUAUUGAGAAAAUGAACGAAGCGGGUACGGUUCUCGAAUCGCAGUGGUUUGAUGGUCUGAUCAUUGAGCCUCUGUUCGAGCAAAUAGAAUCUAAGAGGACCAGUUUUAUCGUCCAGACAAUUCGAAAUGUUUUCAAGGUAGUCGAAGGAGAUGGCAAGAAGGUGGCUUCCUCUACAGAAAGAUACAUGAGACGACUGAUCGCACAGAUGAAGGGCAAGAAAGGUGAGAGAAGAAAUACGGUUCUCUACUGGGACACUUUGGAUCUUAUGAUUUCAGCUUACUAUGAUUCCGUUACAAGGAUGUCCUUUGAAGUGUUGAGUGACAUCUUUGACAUGUACGAAGACCGAUCCGACAACACUACAAAUGCAGCGUUGAUCAACAGUAUCAAAGCCGCAACCUCGAGCGCGGUCACUAAACUGCUUGAGCGAGAAAUCAGCGACGGCCUGCUUGAGACUAUCUCAAGCGUGUGGUGGCAGUUCCAUUCGGUGGCCAGCCGCCUUUUCGAGCACAGAUUGAUCCCUUCGUUGCAUGCCAAAGCGUCCGAGCCACUCAUGCUGGCUCUCCAGACGAUUUGGAACUUCCGGCCGUUCUACCAGGUUCCUAGUGUCGAGCACAGCCGCCCCACCCUGAGCGAUAAGGCUAUGGCAGAGCUUCAGUCUGCGGUCGCUGGCUUGUUGAACCGAGCUUCAGCAAGUGACUCGAACAAAGAGGCGCCAUCAUCAAUGCAACAAGAGCUCAUUAUCGAAGACACCGAAAUAGAUGAUGAGCAGCAGGCAUAUCUGGACCAACUGCAAGCUGACGAUGACCUGCAGUUCGACGAGCUGGACGACGAUCCCUCAACUUCCGCCGACGAAUACAACUACGAACAAAUUACAGAAAAAUGUUCAGCCAUCCUGAAGUCUCUGCAUAGCGAUCCUCCGGAGCCCUGUUCACACGGCAAUCUUCUUCCAAGUCUCGACGACGUCAAAGUAAGUGCCCUGUCCACCGAAAAAGACAUCCAAGACGUUUCCCGCACCGCUUGGGCCGUCCUCGAGACAGAAACUGCGCUGCCAGCGCUUCUGCUCUCAGUCGACGUCCUGGGCCAAAUAUUGCAGAACAACCUGGCUGAAAUCGACUGCUCAAGAACCUGUGAAUCGCUUCUCCUGCACAUGAAGCAGAACAAGUCCUUCCUACAAACGAUAAAAGUCGGCAACAUGACUCAAACAAUAGACGAAGGGUCCACAUUCAGGACCAUGGUCUAUUCUACCAUGCUACAAAUCGUCACGACCCGCUCAGUAGACUACCCUGUCUGCUGCAAGGUUCUCAUCGAAGCUCUUUCGCGCGGUGUAAGAGACUCUGAUUGCACGAUCAACCAGCUUUCCAUAAGGAUCAUUGAGGCUUUACUACAGGCGAACUACGAAGCCAUCAGAGGCAUUGAUCCCGAGUGGUACAACCUCACGCUACUGCCAAGAGUGGCUGAGAUCGCAACCAAAGUCUCCAAGAAGCUACAAUCGCGCAGCGAAGGACGCCAGGACCGAGCACAGCAUCCUGCUGCCACUGCAGAAACUGUGAUCGACAUCGUGGAUCGCCUACACUGCCUCUUCGACCGUCAGUAUCCAGCCAUCGCAUAA